AUGCUCAGUAACGUCCUCAGCCAAGGUCAUGGCGAAGAAGUGGACCUGGCUAUUGGGUCUUUGAGGUUGCUAUGGGCGAGUAUGUUCAUGUCAAAGGGCUUUCCGCACCUGAGCAUCUCUCCAGGACUCCUCUACGAGUGCUUGGAGUAUGCCAACAUGUUCGCGAAACUGGGUGCGCGGGUCGUGGUGGUAGAAUUCGCCGACAAGAUGCUACAGAUGCUGGAUCGCGAGCUGCAGGCAGCGCUGCUUGCAGAUCUCGCCGCGAACAAUGUGGAAAUCCUGCUAACGACUUCCAUCUCGACUGUGCGAGAGGUGGAGGGGAGCAUCCGGGGCAAACCCUCGCUCAUCGUGGAGACCUCACGAGGCUCUUUUCGGUGCGAGUGCCUCUUGUCGGCGGUAGGACGCUGCGGGACGACGGAGGGCCUUGGGCUGGAGAAGCUUGGGGUGACCAUCGGUCGGGGGAAGAUGAUUCAGGUCGACGAGAACCAGCAUACCGGUGUGGCCAACAUCUAUGCCGUCGGAGAUGUUGCUGGAGGGAAUCUGGCGACCAUUGGGCAGGCACAGGCUGUUCGGGCCGUGCGGCGUGUGUUCGGCAGCGGCCAGUUCACACUUGUUGACAAGGCCGUGAAGCCGUUCACUGUUUGGACCAUUCCGGAAAUCUCCUGGGCGGGCUUAAACGAGCAAGAGGCCGAGCAGAAGAAGCUGAACUUCGGGGUGGUUCGUGCAGACUAUGGCAAGACGGUCCGCGGCAUCGUUUCCGGUGAGCCUGGCUUCCUGAAGCUGAUCUUCGACCGAGAGAACGGCAAGGUCCUGGGCGUCCACAUCUGCGGCGCGCAGGCUUCUGAGCUAAUCAACUUCGGCGCAGAUGCGGUGGACUCCGGCACGACGAUCUUCGAGAUUCUCCAGUUCGUCUUUCCUGCCGUGACUUUCCACAUCCUCUACAACUGGGCAGCUGCAGAGGCCAAGAUCCGCAUGUCUGGAGUGAAGAGCCUCUCCGGUGCCGCUUGCUGGGGCCGACUUCGAAGGUCUAUCAUCCGUAGUUUGGAGCUUGCAGAGUCCGAGGUCUCGUUCGAGGAGGCCGUCUGCGCUGCUUUCCGUACCUUCGAUUCCGACGGAUCUGGAUUUCUCACGUCAGAGCAGCUGCAGGAUGCUAUGUCGAGCCUGGGCCUUCAGCUGGACACAGCGGCGAUCGAGGAGAUGAUUAACGAGGCCGAGCAAAACGGCGAUGGUGUGAUCGAUUACAUGGAGUUUCUGGCUGCCUGCAAAGUCCCCGACAACCAUCCGUCGGCCCAGCGAAUGAGCAGCAAGAUCAAGAAAAUGCCUUCCACGCGCUUUGCCAGCCAAUCGUAUGAUCUGCUGGUGUUAGGCGCCGGCCCCGCGGGCGUGAAGGCCGCCCUCGAGGCUGCCGGACGUGGCUACAAAGUGGGUGUGGUGGAGCCGAAGGAGUGCCUGACCGGGGCGCCCACGGGUGCUCACUCCAAAUGCAUGCGGGAGUCGGUGAUGGAAAUGAAGGUGACUUGGCCCGAGAUUCGGACGAUGAUCUCGCGAGUGACUGCAGAUGCUCAGGCCAAUGCCGCAAGGUUACUCCGAACUUUCCAUGUCGACGUUCUCCCGGGUGCGGCCAGCUUCGUCGACGGCAAAACGAUCAAGCUCACGGAUACCUUCGGAAACUCCUCGAACAUCAAGACGACUGCUGUUGUCAUUGCCACGGGCUCCAAGGCGAAUCGAUUGCCGAUGAUCCCUUUCGACGUACCGGGAGUCUACGACUCGGACACCAUUGGGGAGAUCGACUACAUCCCGCGGCUGAUGGUGGUUCAGGGCGGCGGCAUCAUAGGCCUGGAAUAUGCAAACAUCUUCGCAAAGAUGGGCACGAAGGUCAUCGUCGUGGAGUUCGCCGACAAGGUGUUGAUGAUGCUUGACGGCGACCUCAAGGCUGCGCUGCUCUCCGAGCUGGCAGCCAACAAGGUUGAUCUGCUCUUGAGCACUGCGAUCAAGUCGAUCGUCAAAGGCAAGGGCGCUACACGCGGAAGCCCCGUGUUGCAGGUGGACAUCGGCGAAUGCUUCUUGGAGUGCGAUUGCUUCCUCUCGGCUACCGGCCGUGCCGGCUGCACGGACAACCUGGGUCUGGAGGCGGUUGGUGUCAAGACUGGCCGUGGGAAGAUGAUUCAGGUGGACGAGAAUCAGUACACUGGUGUGGCUAGCAUCUACGCCGUUGGCGAUGUGGCCGGCGGCAACUUGGCGACCAUCGGCCAGGCCCAGGCUGUCCGUGCGGUGCGCAAGAUGUUCGGCAGCGGCCAGUACACGCUGAAGGACAAAGAGGCCAAACCGUACAUUGUCUGGACCAUCCCAGAGGUGGCCUGGGUGGGGCUGAACGAACAGGAGGCAGAGGCCAAAGGGCUGAACUUUGGCCUCGUUCGCGUGGAGUACAGCCGUGCGGUGAGGGGCAUUGUGAGCGGCGAGAAAGGUUUCCUGAAGAUGAUCUAUGAUCGACCUCAGGGCCGGGUGCUCGGCGUGCACAUCUGCGGGGCCCAGGCCGGUGAGCUCAUCAACUUCGGUGCAGACGCCGUGGACGACGGCACCACGAUCUUCGAAAUCCUGCAGUUCGUUUUCCCUGCUGUCACGUACCACGUCCUCUACAACGUGGCGGCGACAGAGGCCAAGCUCCGCAUGGGCGGCGUUCAAAAUCUCUCGGCUGCGGCGUCCUGGGCCCGGGUCAAGACGGCGAUCAUGAAGAGCUUAGAGAAGCAGCAGUCGCAGAUGACCUUCGAGGAGGCCGUGGAGGCCACCUUCCGAACCUUCGAUGCCGAUGGCACGGGGCACCUCACUGCGAAGCAGCUGCAGGCCUCCAUGAGAAGCAUCGGGCUCACCUUGUCCGACGAAGCCGUGGAGGACAUGAUCAAGGAGGCGGAUCAGCAGAGCCAAGGUUUCGUCGAUUACCCAGACUUUGUGACGAUCUGCCGCACCUGCGGCAUGGGUCCAGUCAAAGCAGCCAAGGCUUAG